AUGGAGGAUCGCAGCGGGCAAGUGCUGGCCGUGGCGGUCCUCUUCUUCAUAUUAUGUUGGAUCGCCGUCGGCCUGCGUAUAUACUGCCGUGGCUGGAUUACACGCUCUCUCGGCACCGAUGACAGGAUAAUGAUUGCUCUUAUGCUCACCUUCACCAUCUACCUCAUCACUCAGAUUCAAGGAGUUCGAUACGGUACCGGCCGACAUAGAGUUGAUCUCACCCCGCAACAAAAUCGCGACGCUCUCAUGUACUGGUACAUUUGCGAACUACUCUACAUUAUAUCAACCUGCCUCCUCAAAAUCUCUGUCGGUUACUUCCUCAUCCGCGUUUCUAUCCGCCGCAGCCACAUUUGGAUCCUCCGCAUUCUUAUGCUCGGCACCGUACUUUUCGGCUCGACGUACUUCUUCAUGGUCAUGCUUCAGUGCCGGCCAAUUCCAACGUUUUGGGAGGAAUCACCACGGACACAGGGAAAGUGCUUCAGCAACCGUGUGGUUGUCAUCAUGACAUUCACGGCCUCGAUUAUCAACUGUCUCGCCGACUGGGCGUUUGGGAUUCUUCCCUUGUUCAUCGUCUGGUCGCUCUCCCUCCCCAAGCGCACCCGACUCCUCGCAUUUGGCAUUCUUUCUUUUGCUGCCAUCGGGUCUGCCGCAACCGUGGCGAGAUCCGUAUACAUACCGACUCUCCUUAAUGGCGACGACUUCCUAUGGGCGACUACCGACGUGGCUUUGUGGAGCACCGUCGAGCCUGGCAUUGGGAUUACUGCCGCGUCGAUUGCCACCCUCCGCCCUCUGUGGCAACUCAUCUGGUACCGCGCGGGUGUGCGGUCCCAAGCGCCUCGUGCGAUAGCAUGGCGAGAACGCUUCAAGGGGCAACCGAGCUAUGUUCGCAGCGAUGGCUCUGACCCUCGUCACCCACGACACCCUGUCCCAGAUGACGCACCCCUUGAAGAGAUUGAGGCUGAUAUUCGGGCCGAGUUUGAGGCGGAGGUGCCUCGCAUAGCUCAGUCCCAGGAUGGGUACAGCUCAUCGGCACCGACAAGACGGAGCGGCCUUAGCAAGGACUUUAACAUCUCAUAUGGGAGAGAUAGACACGACGAAGACGUGGAGUCUUUGGUUAUUCCCCGCAACGACGGCGAUGGUGGCCAAUGGCUCUACCCAUCACCCAGUGAAGAGGGAGACCAGGCGAUUGAGCUCGAAGACAGCGUCCACUUGCCACCGAGAGUGAGAUCACCCGCGCCGACUGUGAACUGGUGUUCACCACGCAUGUCGGCCAUAUCCAUGGGUUUCGGCUCCUUCAACCGCGACAACCGUGACUCGACACACUCUGCCCUCACCUUGGGCGUCGCCAACCACGAUGGCGGAAACCCCGCGAGUAACCGAGCGAGCAGGCUAAGCAACGUCAGCAACAUCAAGGACGAUGACCGGACGCCCAGACUGAGCGCCCUCAACAGUCCAAGUCAUUACAGAGACAGCAGGAUGACCAUGGAAACAUAUACGAACACGAAUCCGCGCCAUAGCAGGUUCGACAACCGAUACAGCCGGACGACGAGAGCCAGCAGUCACUACACGCGCGGCUCGCAGUUCCUGGUGCCGCCCUCCCCCGGGGACUUCCCCCUGCCCAGCCCACCUACCAAUGCGUGGCAGGUCAACGUACCCGGGGGAAUGAACUCUGCGCAGUGGCUCUCUUCUAGGAUGGCGGAGCACCCCGGUCAUCCGGGUAAUAAACGAUAG